CGGGAAUUGUAACCCAACCACCAUCCGCCACACGGCAACCCCUUCGCUAUAUAAAGCAAUAUUCAAGCUCAGAAUCAGCGAAUCUGUCGUGGGUGUGUGUACUCAGCAAUGCAUUAAUUUCCGAAUCAAAUGAAUAAAGCAUAUCGAAUAUUGCAACUGAUCUGGCGCACGCCGGCGACGUCAACCACUUGCAAUUUCAUCGCAAAAAAGCCAAUAUCACUCUGCGAGGAGCACACCUGAAUUUUUUCAGUUUCAGAUAACAACUAAUCCAAAUGAAAUCCAAAACCGUUAGAGGAAAUUGGAGCUUGAAAACAAAGAAGUUUGGCUCAACCUCUGUCUUUUUCAUUUGCAUCUUUUUCUUUCUUUUCGGAUUCUUCGGCUCAAGUCUCUUCUCCAAAUCUCAGGAUGACGUAUUUGGCCACAGGCCAAGACCGAGGUUCCUUGAAUGGGCGAACGAUGCGACGCGGUACAAUUUGUUACCUGCUGGAGAGUCCGGUGACGAUUCAAUAACGUCCGUUCCUUUUCAGAUUUUGAGCUGGAAACCUCGUGCUCUGUAUUUUCCAAAUUUUGCAAAUUCAGAGCAAUGUGAAAGCAUAAUUGAUAUGGCAAGGGCAGGCCUCGAACCAUCAAUUUUGGCAUUACGAGAGGGAGAAACAGAGGAGAAUACAAAAGGGGUUAGAACAAGUUCAGGCAUGUUUAUUAGCGCAUUUGAGGACAAAACAGGAAUAUUAGAUGUCAUUGAGGAAAAAAUUGCAAGAGCAACAAUGAUUCCCAGGGUUAAUGGAGAGGCAUUCAACAUUCUGCGUUAUGAGGUUGGGCAGAGAUAUAUGUCUCAUUAUGAUGCAUUCAAUCCUGCUGAAUAUGGCCCUCAAAAGAGCCAACGGAUGGCUUCGUUCUUGCUGUAUUUAAGUGACGUUGAGGAUGGUGGGGAGACCAUGUUUCCAUUUGAGAAUGGCUUGAACAUGGACGGAAGCUACGGUUAUGAAGACUGCAUUGGUUUCAAAGUAAGACCGCGACAAGGGGACGGACUUCUAUUUUAUUCAUUGUUACAUAAUGGUACAAUCGACCCGACAUCACUCCAUGGAAGCUGCCCAGUGAUAAAAGGGGAGAAAUGGGUGGCUACAAAGUGGAUAAGAGAUCAAGAACAGGAUGAUUAAAUCGCGGUGCCUGCAAUGAUGAAUUUUGAGUCUCUGUCAUUGUCUCAGUUUCUAGUCUGGCAAGUUAAGAAUACAGUAUAAAAUGAAAAUAUCGGAUGCUAACAUUGUACGAUAUCAUAUCAAGCAGGUUCUGUAAGUUAUAUCUUUAUUUUUCUUCUUUACAAAAAAAAAAAUCAUAAACUUGUAACUUGAGCAUUCAAUCAAA